GAGAGAUUUUAUAUUAGUCUUCCAACUCUUUAAGUGAUUUGGGUUCAAUUGCUCUAGUUAGAGGCUGAGAAUGUUCUGCCAUCUUUAUCAUUUUUUCGGGUGCAACUUCAGUUAUACCCAUAUACGUUCAAAUCAAAACCCCAAAAAAGGCUUCACCGGAGUGCAAAUUAGGAAACUAUUAUGCAAUGUCAGACUUAAAUCUGGUGAUUUUUGGUUGAUUUGAUAAUUUGGUAAUUACCCGUCCCUGAUUAACAAUUAUGCAAUAAUGAUUUGUAACAAGUUAGAUGGUAAAUAUAACAAAAGCACUAAGUUACCAACUCUUCAAACGAUUUGGGGAACUAACUCCAAGUUGCAAAGAUUUUGGGGACUAUUUUCAAAUAUGAAAUAUUUGGGGGACUAAUUUUAAAUAUGAAAGAUUUGACUCCGCCAAUGGCUUUAUACAUUAUGAAGUUGACAAAAUUGUUUUAACUAAAUAAAUAAGGUUUGAAAAUCAAUGAAGGAUACCAUGGAAAGUUAAAGAUUUUGACUUUUGGAAAGUAGCUUUAGUUUUCUUGACAAACUUUGUUAAUCUUAAAGUUAGUAGUGAGAAGAGGGUUUAAAAAUUUUGAAUUAUUAGACUUGAAAGUAUUAGUUGGCUUGCCAUGCGACAUUGGAACUGAUACCAAUUUUAUAUUUAAUCUGAAACUAUUGUGUAUUGUUUUUAUGAGGAAUAAUGUUAUGAAAAAUAUUAUAGAAAGUAUUUUAGAGUCCAAUUGGUCUAUUUCACCACUGUAGCUAUGUAUGGUAUAAUACCUUAGUCUUUAGGCAUUGUUACUAGAAUAUUAUAAAACAUAUCCAGGCAAGUUCUCUAGCCUCAACAAAGAAUAUCUCUUUGUGAGAAUACUAAAUUAUUAUAUGUCUUCCAACUUGAGAAAUGUGAACCCAAUAAGACUAUAAGUCCAAACCUAUGCACUUGUCAUAAAUACAUUUACUAUCGCCUAAGUAAGCAAGUGAUGCAGAAAUCACUGCCUUUUCACGUAAGAUUAACCAUCACUGUGAUCUUAAAGGAUAUAAAAAUUUAAAAUUAGUGUUGGAUAGAAGGGGAAAUCGUCAACCAAUUAUAAUGAUUAAACUGAAUAGAUCAAGCAUUUGUGUUCAAAAGAAUCUCCUAUGUUUAUAUAUGCUACAGGUUGAUGGUCAGAAGAUAUCUCAACAAGGACUUCAUAGUAAGUUCCAGAAUGACAAAUGGUUGAAUUACGCGACAUAAAGGUAUUUGGCUAAAUUCUGGUCAAGGCGAAGGUAUCAAAGAUCUCAAAGAGAGCUUGCUUUACUUUGAUAAGGUCUUGUUUGCUGCUAAUUUCUUGAGCUUUUAUCCUUUGUUAACUUGUUUUUAAUAGCAUCUUCGGUAAUAGGAAGUCUUGGCAGUUUCAAGGUAAAAUGUAUAAGGUUACCUCAAACUUUCUGUUGUCUGCGAGUAUUUUAGUAUGUCUUUUUUUACCAUUUAUUUCCUAAAUUUAUUUUUGAAGAACAGUACUUUUUUGGCAUGCGGUGUUGAUGGCUUCUAGAGAAUUGUCCAUUUUACCCUUAGCAAUAUUUCUAGGGGGUAUGUUUCUCCGAACUUUUCAAAGGUAUAAAUAUCUCAUUUUGGAAUGGAAAAGAAUUAGGGUUUUCUCUUAAGGGUAUCUCUCUGCCGACCUGAAAGCUUGAGAUCAAAUACAGAAAAGGAGCAAAUAGAAGCAAGAUUCCACUUAUAAAGUGUGAAUGCUAGGAUGAUAAGCGGAGAGCCCCCAAAGUUUGGUUUCGAGUGUAAGAAAAAUAAAAAUAUGCCAGAAAGUCACGAUCUAAUCAACAAACUCCCCCCAGAGUGCCUGAUGCACAUCUUCAGCUUCCUUGAAUCGUCACGGGAUCACUGUGCCAGUGCUGCAGUAUGUAGGAACUGGCUGAAGCUUCUGGUUGAGUUGAUUAUUCUCAAAGUUAGAUCAAUCACUUAUGACUAUUCGGAGACUAUACCAUUGUGUCGUCGACUCGAAGGGAGGUCAGCUAAUGAUAUUACACUUACUAAUUUAGGUGUGGGGACCUAUCCUCUUCAUCACUUGACUUCUCUUUAUCUGGGCGAUGUUCUUUUUGUUGGGAUCACUGAUGAUGGCCUAAAGAUUAUUGCACAACUAAGCCCCAUGCUUGCGUCUCUUACUCUUCAGAGCUGUUAUUCUGUGGGAAAUGUGGGAUUAAAGUCUGUUGCUGAAUUUUGCAAACAGCUUGAAAAGCUAGAGCUGAUAAAUUCGUUUAUUGAUGAUGAAGGGAUCAUGCCAAUAGCUGAGAAUUGCUUACAUUUGUCUGCACUGAGCCUAGAGCACUGUCCUCGGAUUAGCAAUGAAUUGCUGAUGGCAUUCGCAAACAAGUCUUUGCUUCUUAAGUCCAUCACCUUAAGAGACUGCGUACUUAUUGAAGAUUCUGCUAUCUUUUAUCUCAUAUCUAGUCAACCAGAGUUGAUGAGGAUCAAGCUUAUCUCUAUGAAUGUCGGUAAUGAAGUUCUCAAAGCAAUACAAGAGCAUGGACGGGCUUUAAAGGUGUUUUACCUAGAAAAAGUUCCAUAUCCGGGUGAGAUUCUUUAUCAAUGGAUUGAAGCAAUUGGAAAUCUUGAAGCAGUUAUUCCUCGUCCUUAUGCCAGUUUUACAAUAAGGAGCUUGGUCCGCUUAGAGAUUUUGGAAAUGGAGAGUUAUUUUUUGUUAAGUGAUGAUUUUCUGUUAGCACUGAGCCAAAUUACGAAGUUUCUGCAAAAAUUCAAGCUAAAGAAGUGUCGGGGAUUCACCUCUGGAGGAAUUCUUGCAGCAGUCGCAAACUGGAGCCAAUAUUUGGAGGUAAUAUCAUUGAUUAACUGCAUUAUAGUCGGUAAACAAGAAGUGACACAAGAACAAGCCUUUCGGAACUUCCCAUCAUUUAGAUCCCUCAAAUUGAUAAAAUGUGAAGGAGUUGAUGACUGCUUCUUAUCUUCAUUGGGGCCUGUGUGCAAGCAAGCGAAGCAUAUUACCUUGGAUGAGAUAGAUUCUAUCACUGACCGAGGACUCCAAGAUCUUGUAAGACACAACACUGAUCACUUGCUUCAGUUUUUACAUCUGGAUGGCUGCAUAGGAAUCAGUGAUGUGGGUUUAUGCUCAGUGCUAAGAACUUCAGGCAGAAAUAUCCAGUUCUUGACUGUGGAUGAUUGCACGAGUAUUACUGAUCAGAGUUUGAUGACGAUGGCAGAGAACUGUGGGAAACUAAAAACUCUUUUUGCAUCCGGCUGCAGAGUCAGUGACAAUGGGGUGUUUUCUGUGAUAUUUAAUUGUGGAAAAACUAUAGAAAUUAUGUCAUUUUCUCAGUGUACGAGGACCACUAGCAAAACUGUGAGUUAUAUUGAGACAAUGGGUAACAGACUUGUGCUUCGGCUGACCUCAGAUUGAUGGGAAGGCCUCCGACUUACUUUGGACUCAAUAGCUAGAUCGAGAGAUGCUCAUUUAUGAUCCGAUGAAAUCUAGUGCAUCAACUGGGAGUUCCACUGGUUUUGGCGGUGAUAGCCCUUUCUCCAUUUAUGGUUUCUGGAGUUGUUGCUGUUUGUGUCCUUUUGCUUAGGUUUUAUUGUGGUGCUUUUCUUCAGACAAUUGAUCGACAUGCCUUUGCUUCUGUUAUUUUGGUUAUGUUGUGUUGUUGUUGUUGUGUGUUGCAUUUGCUUGUUUAAACUCUUCGACUUUAAUAUGGUAAUGUGCUUUGGAUUAUAUCCUGUUGUCAAAGGUGAAGAAGCUGAUAUUUAUUUUA